UCAGGCAGCACACCUGCCAGUGAGCAGCAGUCACAGACUGUUAACCUCAAGAUAUGGAAGUGUUUGUGAGUCAACGAAGCUUCACGAACUCUGUCACCGUCUGCCUUUGUCAGAGUUCAGCUACAUAAAGAGUGAUUUAGGUUGAUCUCAGUGAUUGUAAGACUCACACUAAAGUGAGCUCAAGCACUGCAUCCUGACCCUGGCCGUGAGGCACCUGCUGGAAAAUGACCCUGCAACCAUUAACUCCAGUGAACUGUGCAGGCCUCCUACAGCCCGGCUGCUCUCUGCUACAGCUGGAUGGUGAAGUUCUUUUGUUUGGCCAGAAAGGAUGGCCCAAGCGCUCAUGUCCAACAGGGGUAUUUGGGGUUCGGGUUAAAUCUGGUGAGAUGAAAUUGAGGGCCAUCUCCUUCUCCAAUGACUCAUGUUAUCUUCCUCCAUUACGCUGUCCAGCUGUGUGCCGCCUCGACCCCUAUGAUGGGCUUCCAGAGAGUUAUCUCAUCCACGGGGGCCGCACCCCAAAUAAUGAGAUCUCAUCGAGUCUGUAUCUGCUGACCAUGGAUAGCCGUGGCUGCAAUCGUAAACUGACUUUGUGCUGCAAAGAGAAAGAACUGGUGGGAGAACUGCCGGGCGCCAGAUACGGCCACACAAUGAGCAUGGUCCAAAGCCGAGGGAAGACAGCUUGUGUAUUGUUUGGGGGUAGAUCCUACAUGCCUGCAGGAGAGCGGACCACAGAGACCUGGAACAGUGUCGUCGACUGUCCUCCUCAGGUGUUCCUGUUUGACUUGGAGUUUGGUUGCUCCUCUGCUCACACUAUACCUGAACUCAGCGAUGGACAGUCUUUCCAUUUGGCCUUUGCCAGAGAAAACUGCGUCUACUUCCUUGGGGGUCACUCGCUCACCUCUGACUCCCGCCCCCCUCGACUCUUUUGCCUGCGCAUUGAGCUUCUGCAGGGCAGCCCCUUGCUUUCUUGUGAGACUCUGGACACUGGCAUAUCCAUCUCUAGUGCUAUAAUCACCCGUACAGGUCCUUCUCACAGAUAUAUCAUCUUAGGUGGGUAUCAAUCAGACUCUCAGAAGAGGAUGGAGUGCAGCACUGUGAUUCUGGAUGAGAAAGGAAUCCACUUUGAGCCCUUGGAACCACCAAAUUGGAUCCCAGAUAUCAUCCACAGUCGUACUUGGUUUGGCGGCAGUGCUGGAGAGGGAAGCGUCCUACUUGGCGUACCCACAGAGGGAAGGCCAUGCCAACAAGAUAUGCAUUACUUUUAUCUGGUGAGCUUCCAGACGCAGGGAGAAGGCCAAGAGGAAGAAGGAACCCAGGGCUGCAGCCAGGAGUCAACAGAUUACGAUGACUCCACUCCUCUUGAAGACUCUGAGGAGCUCUACUUCGGUCGUGAGCCACAUGAGCUGGAGGACAGCAGUGAUGGAGAAGGGGAUACUUACAAUGAGGACGAUGAAGAGGAUGAAUCACGAACAGGCUACUGGAUCAAAUGCUGCCUGGGCUGUCAGUUGGACCCCAACAAGUGGGAGCCAUUCUACUCCACUGAGCUCCACCGACCAGCCAUGAUCUUCUGCUCCAGGGGGGAGGGUGGGCACUGGGUCCAUGCCCAGUGUAUGGAGCUGUCUGAGACCCUGCUGCUAAGGCUCUCUCAGGGCAACAAAAAGUACUUCUGCCUGGACCACGGAGGCUUGCCUUACCAGGAGAUGACCCCACCUCGACAGAUCAUCCCUCUGAAGCGUACCCCCAUGAAAGUUAAGGACAGGAAAACUUCUCCGAUAAUCAAGAUGUCCCCUGCCAAAAAAAACUUUUUCAGAAGGCUUUUUGACUGAAUCCUGUUUUAGCUAUGGCGUGUGUAGAUGGUCACUUUUAAUAAUGUCAUGAGGAGGUGUCUUGUUUGAUAUUAAGUAAAUAUAUGAUGAUGAUGAUGAUGAAUACACAAUAUGUGAAUAUUGUGUAAUAUUGUGAUAUUUCAUGUCUAAAAGACUUAUAUUUUCAAUACAAUUUUACAUUAUUUAUAGAACAUACCUUUUUAGUCUGCCUACAGUGUUUCUAGUUUGUGUUCUUAACUGUACAACAGUCCAUUUCUAAUUUCGUAUUCCAUUAAGUGACUUUACUAACCUACCUAACAUUUUCUUCCAUGGUCAAUAGAGCUUCAAUCUUUUUACAGUACUUUCUACAAUUAAAUGUAUAAUAAAUUGAAUGAAAAAUACCAAGCAUACUGAUAUGAUCUGACAUUUGUGAUGACAAUAAACAAUAAACAGCCUCAAAUUAACAAAAA